AUGAGUGCUCCAUGUUAUGCCCAGCUUCAGGACAACCUCAGUGAAAUAAAAAAUAAUAAUGAAAGCAUAGUGAGUGUGGGGGAUACCAAUGCCAACCAAAUUGUGACAAAGGUUAGAACCACUGAAGGGGAUGUUAAGAAAUGUGGUUUGACAGAUGAGAGUGGGAAUAUUCACCCUGGUCGAUCAGAGAAAAUUACUCAUCUGAAUACAGAGCAGAAUAAACUGGCCUUCAAGGACUCUCAGACCUGUCACACUGGUUUACAGGAAAGUAAGCUGCCCUCCACCACAAGCAGAGAAAUGAGGAAAGACUGUAGAACCAGCGAAACUAAGGACCUAUCAAGGCAUAUCAAGAUUAGCCGAGGACAAAGUUUGUCCAAUUUAAGAAGUAGCACAAAUGAUGCCAGCCUGGAGGUUUAUCCCAAAGGUGAUGUUGACUUCACCCAGAACUUUUCUAAGGGUAAAAUGUCCAGGGCUGUGGAGAUGGAGAGAAUAAAAAGGCUUUCUUUGGGAAGACCAAGUAAAUUCUCUCCUCAAUCUGAAGCAUUUGCAAAAGACUGUGUUGGCCGCGUGUCGUGUAAACGUCUGCUCUCCGCGUCGUUGGACUCCAUCGACAGGUCACACCAUUUGAUAGGAAGUACAGAGAAAUCACAAAAAACAUCCACAGAUCAUUUUCUUGGGAUGGUGUUUCGUCCACUUGACAAUACCUCAGAGGAAAAUAACAUUUUUUAUUCCAAACCAUCUACCUCAGGGAACAAGAAAAUAAGUAAACCAGAAAAUGUACCAAAUGCGAACAUGGCAAGCACAGCGCAUGCUUCUCCUUUUCAACAUUCAACCGUUAAGCCCAACGAGGUUGCUAGUAAAUCAGAAGCACAAUUAGGUCAGGGUGGUAAAAGUAAAAAACUGGAGCUUAAGACUCCACCAUCUCUACAACCUAAAAAUACGUGUCAACAAAGGGUUGAGAGAAUUAUGCUGGUAGAGUUCCUGGGAUGUCAAAAAGGUGCAAAUACAACGAUGCAGGAACAGAAGGGCUCUGGGUCUGACACAUCGAAAAUUCGAACUUCCCAUUUUCAAGACACCUGUCAUAAAGUAGAGGAUCCAUCAUCAAGCCAAGUGGUAUCCUAUCCUGAUGACAAAUUCCUAAAUGAUAAUGUCACCAUCAGUGGGGAAGGGGAAAGAAACAAUGACAGUGACAAGGCAACUAACCAGACUGGCGAGGAAUAUUUUACUGACAAAGAAGUGGAAACAAUAUUCUCACUCACUAGUAGCAGUACAUUUAGUGGCAAAGUGACACCUAGGAAAAAUGAAAAUGUACAUGAAGUUGAUGCAGAUUUUGCUGAAACAGUUGGUGAACAGCUAUCUUUUAUACACAACAUUAAUCUACCUGACAGCAAACCCUUAAAAGUUAAUGAGAAUAAACUGAUGCUAGUCAAAGGAAGCACUGAGGAUGCUGCUCUGCCUGCUUCUGAUCUCUCAGAUCAGCAUGGAGCACACAGUGCAGAGACAGUGUCAAACCAACAACCUGACAAACAUGACAGUGAUGCAGAAACUUCAAGCUUUUCAGUUCCAAGUAAAAAGACAAGCAAUGCACAGAAACAUCCUCCAGAUGAAGAACCAGAGAGCUGUAAGGAUUCAGCACAGGCUGAUGCCUUUUUAUGUGCUCCAACUCCCCUGCGCCCGGUGGCAAUGCUGGAUGUUAAUAGUCAGACCACGCUAUCAAACAGUAAUUUGAAGGACCUUUGUGCACUUCAUGUUGACAAAUUGUCACCCUCCUCAGUCCUACCUCCCAUUGACAGCACGCAGUUGUUAAGCAUAUCCCCUAAAGUGCCUAUCAAGACUGCUUGCAGCAGUGCCAUCCCCAAACCUAUCCUUGUCAACUCCAAGGGCUCCCUCACUGACAAGGUGGAUGUGGACAGUGACUGCAGUGAAAAACCGGAAGAAAGCGGUGAGAUGAAACCUGCCAUACCCAGGCCCAAACCUGUGAGACCUAAAAUCAUCACAUACAUUAGAAGAAAGCCUCAUUCAAUUGAGCAGCUUGACCCCUCAUUUGCGCCAACAGGGCUUCCCUUUGGUAGCCCUGCCUGUGGCAUGCCCAUCCCUACAGAGCAGAAGACAUGCAAUGGAGGAGAGGUGAAGCCUCCCAACAUCUUGUACGACAAGUUUAAACCUGACCUCCAGAAGCCAAGACUCUUCAGUUCUGGACUGGUGGUGUCAGGAAUUAGGCCCCCAGGACAUCCUUUUGGUCCGAUGAGCGAGAAGUUUCUGCAGGAGGUUGGGGAAAGGCCUGCAAAAGAUGAGUUUUGCCCUCCAGCAUAUACUCCCUAUGAGGUCCCACCAAGUUUUUAUCGAUCUGCCAUGAUACUCAAGCCACAGCUAGGACUGGGUGCAGUGUCCAGGUUGCCAUCUGCAAAAAGCAGGAUUCUCAUUGCAAGUCAAAGAUCCUCAGGUAGUUGUCUUCAUCAGCAAGGAGAAAUAACAAGUGCUCCCAGCCUCUAUCAACCCAAUGCUUCAGUUGAUCUUAAGAAAGGCUCGUGUCCGAGUGCUGCAAAGUCAAAUCUCCCCAAGCCCUGCCAGUCUGGACUUCGUCCUCCAGGUUAUUCACGGUUGCCAGCAGCUAAACUGGCUGCAUUUGGUUUUGUCAGGAGCUCAAGUGUGUCCUCAGUCUCCAGCAACCAGUCAAACGACAGUGCUCAGAGUGAUCAAAGCAGGACAACCAACCGUUCCAGCUUUGGAAAUGAAGAGCAAACCACUCCUAAGGCAUCUGCACCACCUAAAGAUGUCCCCAAGGGGAGCAGCAAGAGCACUACACAGAUAUCGAGCAGCACAGCAACUCCACGCAGGAGCUUCCUUCCAGCACCAAAAACUGCCACAGCACCUGCUGGUCUGAAGAAAGAAGUACAAAAAGAUCAGGAUGCUAGCAGACCAGCUGCCUCAUCACCUAAGAGAUCAGCAGUAACAGCCACCAAGCUCCAUUCACCAGGACAUCCCAAGCAAAGGCCAACCACCCCAAAGAAUGGCUUCUCCCCCAAACCAGGAGAGGGCCGAGAUGCUGAGAAGCAGUUAAUUCAGAGACUAAAGGAAAAGUGUGAUGAGCAGUCCCGACGAUUAAGCAAUAUUCAAGAUGAAUUUAAAAGGGCCAGCUGUGGCUUUGAUGUCUUUGCUAUAACAACACAGCACUUUUUCAGGCAGAAUGAAAAUGACCUUGUGAAAAUAAAGGAGUUAGGAGUCGAGAUUGAAAACAUCAGGGAUGAAGUUGCCCUCAAUAUAGCAAAGUGGAAGAAACUACAGAGGGAGAAUGAGGAGCUGGAGAUGUGCUUUGAGGAGAAGAUGAAGCAGCUUCACGUGCAGCACCAGGAGGAGCUGCAGGUGCUGGAGCAGCGGCUGCAGGAGGAGUACACCAGCAAGAGGGAGAGCCUGCAGGAGCAGCACGGGCUGCAGCUGGAGCAACUCCAGUUGCAGCAUCAGGAUCAGGUGGAAGAUAUCACAGCUGUACACGAAGCUGCAAUGUUACAGUUGGAAAAUGACCACAUAGUUGCCAUUACAGUACUGCAGGAUGAGAAUGAAUGCAAGAUUCGAGACCUGAAUACUGCUUACAAACUGGAAAAGGCACAGUUAGAAGAGAGUUUUGAAAAGCUGCGGCUGUCACUCCAGGACGAGAUAGACACCCUCACCUUCCAGAACCAAUCUCUGAAGGACAAAGCAGACCGAUUUGAAGAGGCUCUGAAGAAAAACACCGAGGAACAACUGAAGAUGGAACGAGCUCCGUAUCUGCAUUUAGAAGACGAUCUGAAGAGCUUAAAGCAUGUUCUGGAAAUGAAGAACCAUCAGAUUCACCAGCAGGAGAAGAUUAUUAUGGAGCUAGAAAAACAGGCUGAAAAGAACUUAAAACUGGAAGAAAAAAUCACCAUGCUGCAACAGCAGAAUGAAGAACUCAGAGCCAGGAUUGAGCAGAAUACCGUCCUAACAAGACAAUUGUCAGAGGAGAAUGCCAAUCUUCAAGAAUACGUUGAGAAAGAAGUGGAGGAGAAGAAGAAGCUGAGCAGGACUAAUGAAGAGCUCCUCUGGAAGCUGCAGGAGGGAGAUGCCAUGAGCCCUGUGAAGCUCCUACCCCCAUCGCCCACUUCUUUGUACCACUGCUCAUCAGGAAACUCCUCUCCAGCAAAAGUCAGAACCUUGCGGCGAUGA